GCUUUCUGCAUUUCUUGAUAUGUUUUCGAGUUUUCUGCAGUUUCCUACACUGUCUUCUACCGUACGCAAGCGUUCUGACUUUGAUUAAGCUGAUAUUCUCAAUUUUGGUGCGUUAAAUUAUGGCAACCUCAGCUGCCAUUUACGAGGCAAAAAAGCUGCUGAGACGACAAAUCAAGAAACGCAUCUUAGCAAUGAGCGAGGAAGCUAAGCGAAAAGAAUCAGCCAUGAUUACAGAGAAACUUCUAGCCAUGGAAGAGUACAAAUCAAGCCAUAGAAUCUCAGUAUACCUAAGCAUGCCAUCUGAAGUCAGCACGUUUGACAUAUUAAGGGAUAUCUUCAAUUCAAACAAGAAGUGCUAUAUUCCUCGUUAUAUUGGGCAUCAGAUGGACAUGUUGAGGCUGCACUCUCUAGAAGACAUGCAGUCACUGCCGCUUACACCAUGGAAUAUUCACCAGCCAGCAGAUGAUGACAUCCGUGAGGAAGCUUUAAAUACUGGAGGCUUGGAUGUGAUUCUUGUCCCAGGACUAGGAUUCUCAAAGAAUGGACAAAGACUUGGUCGUGGAAAGGGCUACUAUGAUAAUUAUAUACAGAAGUGUAUUGAGCUGUGCCAUAAAAAGCCGCACCUAAUUGGCCUCGCAUUCAGUACACAGAUGUAUGACCAAGUUCCCGUGACUGAGAAUGAUAUGACGCUGGACCAUGUAGUUUUUUGUCAGUCAUCAGGGACUAACUCCAAAUAAUGUUUAUAUACAAUACACAUGUAACACUGGGGGGGGGGGGGGGGUGCGUAGUCAUAGGUAUCAUAUGGGGUGCUUGAGGUUUUAAAAGUUAAAAAGGUCAUGAAAGGUAAAUGAUAUAUUGAUGAAAGCCUCCUUUUUCAGAACCUAAUAAAUCCUCCUAUAGCAGCGCAGGGGAAGGUCUCUAAAUUUUUAACUAGGGGUGGGUGGUCUAAAAGUAGCUGUUUUUUUAGCACGACAGCCAUGUACUUGUGUGUAUAAGCUGCUAAUAAACUAUAUCUUUCUAUCUAUGGAAAAAGGAUAGUGUUUAACGAUCCUUUAGUAAGAACUGCCAGCCAAGGGCACGCCCCGCUGUGGACGCGCCUGAAAUGAUAUGAUAAUUAACACCUUUUGCAUAUAUCGACUUACUUUCAGGCGGAACAGCAAUGCUAAUAUAUAAUACAUGACUUAACAGCUUUUUAGGAGUAAUUACACAUCUCAAAAUUGUUUAUUCUUUCUUGCCAUUUUCUGUUACAGGGGUCUUACCUUCCUCAAGUUAUAAUUACAUGUUGAUUUAGAGUAAAGUCUACUUUUUUACAAAAAUGUGGUUCAAUUUUGCCGUUUCUCCUUGUUCGAUUUAAAAUUUUUCAGUGGGUAAAUGGGACAAAACCAGGGCUAUAGCUAGAACAUUUCGCUUUGGGGGCACGCGUCAGACAUUCCUUGUAUUUGCUGUUGUAGCAGGCACCCUUUCCUUUUUACCGUUUAUACGAAAAAUUUCGGCUCUACUGAUGUGGGGCAGCUGCCCCAUGCUAGCUACGGCCCUGAAAAUGCUUGUUCCAUCUUAUCUACCCACCUAUUGAUACAUUGAUAAAAUUCCACAUAAUGGCUAAGGCUUGUUAGAUAUUUGACUGGAUAUGGUAAUAAAAAUUGAAAUAAAAAUUGCAAAUUAUACUAUAA